GUUCAGAUACAUGACGGUUUGAAUUCAUGAUGUUCUUCUACAGCCACGACAGCUGCACACUGCAUGUUUAUUAUGGGAUGUCUGAGGGGCAGAGAGCGGCAAACUAUCUGUAUCAGUUUAAUCUGGCCAGUUUCUGAUUAUUGAUUAUUGAUCAUGUAUAAUCUAUGAAUCAGGUCAAAGACAUUAAGAAGCUGGAUAGUUUUGUGCUUUACAGGCCGCCACCUGCCGCUGCAUUCUGCCGUCUGAUUGGCUGAAGUGUAGGUUAUCGAUCCCUGCAUCCUGCCGUCUGAUUGGCUGAAGUGUAGGUUAUCGAUCCCAGCUGUGGAGGAGACAGGAGAAACAUCUGCAGGAUCAAUGCGAGUUUCUUUCUCCUCACAUGAAACCUGUUGAUCAAAAUCACACAGAAACAUUUUCUUUACAGGGAAUUCAUUUUAAGAAUAUAAUAAUUAGUUAUUUUCAUUCAGAUUUAGCUUCAGUUAAACAUCAGAACAUUUGGACUGGAUAUUUCACCCCAUAAGUUUGCAUUUAAUAUUUGUAUUUUUUACAUUUGAUACUGCAGUUUGUUUAAAGGCAGUAACAUUUUCCCAGUUUACUUUCUCUCCUGACAGAAUGAACCAUUAAUAAUCAACCAACCAGUAAUAAACUGAUUGAUAUGACAGUCUGAUAGGUAGAGGAUGAUGUCAUCACAGUAUUUUAUAUUCUCCUCUUGUUAUUUUCUCAGCUAGUGGUUCAGUGAUUAGAAUAAAGCCGACGUUCUCGUUUUGGACGUCGACGUCAUGAAGAAACGAGGUCGUUGGUUCUUAUUGACGCUCAAGUUUCCAGUAGAUCAUUCUAGCUUUCUGAAGUACACAGCGCUGCAGGAUCUUCCGUCUGUUCACCAGGCAGCAAUGUGCGACCGGCCGAGGAUCCACGUCUUCCUCGGGGCUCCUCCUCCCUCCUCUGACCCAGACGGAGUGUCUGAAGCUGGGCUGGAUGGUGAGGAGCGUCCCCCUGCCGGCUGGAGACACCUGGAGCUCACCUGGCGGGACGGACGGCUGCGGCCUGCAGCAGACGAAGCUGGAAAUCAAGUGAGGUUGUCAGCGGUGGAGGAAAGAACCGACCGAGAGAACGUAGAAGCUCAUCACUCAAUGCUGAGGUCACGAAGACAGGAUGAUCAAACGAACACUGAUCUGGAUGAUGAUUGGACCAAAGAGACGUCACGAAGACGAGAAGGACGAGAAGGACGAGCAACAUCAGGCGGCACAUUUAACUCUGAGAAGGAGAAUCAGUGUUCGGCUUCAGUUCAUGAGUAUCUGGACGGCUGUUUCCCUGCAGCUCAACCAGAACCUGAACCUCCACGUUGCCCUAAACACCAGGAUCUGUCCGUCCAGACUCAGUAUCUCACCACAUGGACUUUGAGUCAGGCGUUAAUCCUGAGAGGCAGACAAGAUGUCCAAUCAGCAUCCAGCCCUGAGAAAACCCUGCCCUCUGUCUCCUCCAGCACGCCGGAGCUGUUCAGCCCUGCGACGCCGUCACCUGGAACCCCCACCGAGCUGUCCCGCCAGUCCCGCCCCACCCCGAGGGUAGAGGAAGGGGGUGUCGUCCUGCAGGCUACCUCAGAUGGCGUGCUCUGCUCCCAGGAGGCAGAGCGGCACGACUCACCCUCCAAAUCACCCGACUUUAAAAAAGCUCGACUCUCUGAAUACAGAACUGAAGCCACCACCUGGCCCCGAGGGGCCCCCACGCUUCUGGUCCACUGUGACAAAGUCGGGGCGCGGUACUCGGUCCUGGUGGCGGUGGUCCACCCCUGUCAGCUGAAGGAGGUCAAGGUGAAGUCGGGGCCGUCGGCGGGGACCUUCGUCCCUCUGGCGUCCAUCGUGGUGACGGACCAAUCAGCUGUUGAGAUGAAGGUGGUGCUGUGGCGGCGGGCGGCAUUCUGGGCGGUGACCGUCAGUCCUGGAGACGUUCUGCUCAUCACAGAGCUGCAGGUGAGCGAGGACAGGUGGAGAGGAGAGAUGCUGCUGCAGUCGACCUUCAGCAGCAAACUGCUGAACCUGGGACAGAUCGCCGGCUCCGCCUCCCCGACAGCUCCUCAGCAGGUGGAUACCCGCGCUCUCAGCUGUCUGUGUGGCUUUCUUCGUGAGCGGCGCCCCCUGCUGGUGUCCUUACCCCACCACCCCCCUCAGGAACUGAACCGCCUCCCCUACGCCACCCUGAGGUCACUGCAAGUCAACACGCUGGUUCAUGCACUGCUGCGUGUCAAACACACACACACCUGCACAGAGUGGCGGGGGGAGGCGGAGUCUCGCUGCAGGUCGGCCCUCCAGCUUCAGGCUGUUGUGACUGUGGAGCAGCCGGACGGCCAGCAGGGGGCACUGCUGCUGUGGGGAGCAGCUGUUGACUGGCUGCCUCGCUUUAACAGAGACAGAGAGGCUGUCUGGGACCUCCGUUUCCUCCUGGUGAGGGAGGGUUUGACCUCUGACCUACCAGAGCUGCACUCCACCCCCUGGAGCACCGUCCGGCCUCUGGACGCCGCAGACCGCCGGGCGCAGGACUUCCUGCUGCCGCCACUCGUCCGGACCAGAAACUGCAGCAGUCUGGAGCUGGACCUCGACACACUGCUGUCCCAGAAAUACAGCGGUGAGGUGGAGCUCAGAGUCCAGGUCAUCGCCUUCCAGUUCCAGGACUCCCAGCCUUCCCAGAAUGCACCACAGCAGGUCCUGGACAACUGCACGCCUCUGGCUGGUAUCGUAGUGGCGCUAAGUGGUGACAUCACGUACACCGGGUGCGGCCACUGCUCUGCUGAGCUUGAUACCGACGCCAAUGGCAUCUACGGUCCCUGUUACCCGUGUCUGCCUCACACCGCCGUACGCCGCUACUACAGGCCAGGUGUGCUGACAGUGAGUGGGCGGGGCAGCAGUCAGGUGUGUGUUCAGGUUCCUCCUGUUCCACUGCAGAACAUCCUCAAUGCUCCACCCGAUAAACUCCACCGGAGCUCAGCUCCGGGCUCGCAGGUGAAGCUCAUCCAGGUGGCAGCAGAGAGGAUCCAGACCCUCCUCUGCCUCCCGAGAAAAACCUUCAUCAUCACGGUGCGGAGCCACUUCCUGUGCGAUGAGAACAGCGUCCCUGUCACUCAGGACUUCACGCUGCUGGACCUUCAGUUCCCCCCCGACACACUGUAGACCACUAACAUCCAGACCCUGCUGGUCUUGACAGGAUCCAGAUCAGACCACUAACAUUCAGACCCUACUGGUCCUGACAGGAUCCAGAUCAGACCACUAACAUCCAGACCCUACUGGUCCUGACAGGAUCCGGAUCAGACCACUAACAUCCAGACCCCGCUGGUCCCGACAGGAUCCAGAUCAGACCCAGUCCAGAGGGUUGUUAUAAAGCCUGAUUCAGCUCUGAUUGUGUGUUGUUUUGGAUCGUAAAGGUGAUAUUUGUAGAUGAAUUUGUUGCUCUCAGGAUAUUUACAGUCGAUUUAUUAAAGAUUAUUGUGUAUCUACAGAUUCGAUGAUGUGAUGUUAUAACAUAAAAUACCAUGUUCUUUCUUUUAUACUGUAAAUAAAUAAAUAAAUAAAUAAAUAA